AUGCAUCCAGAAUUCCCUGAUGAGGACAUCAUGACCUUGUUUGAGGAGGAAGUAAAGGAUGAAGACAAGAACAAAUGGAUCGUGUGGUUUGAUGAUGCGUCUAAUGCACUAGGCCAUGGAGUUGGGGCAGUAUUGGUUUCCCCGGAUGAACAAUAUAUACCUUUCAUGUCUAGGUUGGGUUUCGAAUGCACAAACAGCAUAGCUGAGUAUGAGGUGUGUGCCCUUGGGAUCCAAGCGGCGAUUGACUUCAAGGUCAAGUUGCUCAAGGUAUACGGGGACUCGGCAUUGGUAAUUCACCAGUUGAAGGCUGAAUGGGAGACCAAGGACCAUAAAUUAGUGCCUUACCAGGCUUACAUCAGGAAGUUAAUAGGAUUCUUUGAUGACAUAUCUUUUCAUCACAUUCCUAGAGAGGAAAAUCAGAUGACUGACGCCUUUGCCACUGUAGCAUCCAUGUUUCAACUAAGCCCGCUCGAAGAUUUGCCGUACAUCGAAUUCAGAUGUCGUGGUAAGCCUACACAUUGCUGUUUAAUAGAAGAAGAGAAGGAUGGUAAGCCUUGGUACUUUGAUAUCAAACGAUACAUCGAAGACAAGGAAUACCUGCUUGAGGCCUCUGACAACGACAAGAGGACGUUGUGA